AUGUCUGUCGCCGGAGUCCUGUCCUCGGUCCCCCUGCCGACUUUUGUCCAGAAGCGCCUCUUCACCCAGAACACACCGGCAAACCGGAGCUUGGGUAUCGACAAUAUCAAUCCUCACGUGAAAGAGGCGAAAUAUGCUGUUCGUGGCGAACUAGCGAUCAAGAGCGAGGAGUACCGGGCUCAGCUCGCAAAGGGCGAAGGCAAAGAUCUCCCAUUCGACUCGGUCAUCAGCGCGAACAUCGGAAACCCGCAACAACUCGACCAAAAGCCAAUCACUUUUUUCCGACAGGUCGCAAGUCUGGUCGAGAAUCCUCUCCUGCUUGAGCACGAAGAUGUGUUGAAGAAUAGCCUGGGUUACAACAGCGACGCCAUCCAGCGUGCGCAAAAGCUGCUGAAGGAUGUCAAGAGCGUCGGCGCAUACUCACAAUCGCAAGGAGCACCUGGCAUUCGACAGAGCGUGGCAGAAUUCAUCGAGAGACGAGAUGGGUUCCCCGCAGAUCCAGCGAAUAUCUACCUGUGUGGAGGUGCCAGCGCUGGUGUCAACGCUCUUAUGACCGUCAUCUGCUCUUCGCCACAGACUGGCAUCCUCGUCCCGAUUCCACAGUACCCUCUCUAUACCGCCACAUUGAGCUUGCUCAACGCCCAGGUCGUGCCAUACUAUCUCGAGGAGGAGUCGAAUUGGAGCACCAACGUCGACGGUAUGCGUACGGCUUUGAAGGAGGCGCAGGCCAAGGGCAUCGAUGUUCGCGCAGUGGUUGUGAUCAACCCAGGUAAUCCUACUGGAGGAUCGCUGGAGUCGAGUAACAUCAAGUCUGUCAUCGAGCUUGCGGCCGAAGAAAAGCUUGUGGUGCUCGCCGACGAGGUCUACCAGACGAACGUGUUCGAGGGCGAGUUCAACAGCUUUAAGAAGUGCUUGCGCGAACUGCAGAAGAGUGAGAAGAACAAGGAGGGCAAAUUUGACAACAUCGAGAUGGCGAGCUUGCACAGCAUCAGCAAGGGUAUGGUCGGCGAAUGUGGACACCGAGGAGGUUACUACGAGAUGGUUGGGUUCGACGAGAAGGUUGUCGAACAAGUCUACAAAUUCGUCAGCAUCAUGCUCUGCCCGCCAGUCAUCGGCCAAUGCCUUGUCGAGCUCAUGGUCAACCCGCCCAAAGAAGGCGAACCCUCCUACGCUCAGUACCGCAAAGAAUACGACACGACCUUCAACAACCUCAAGGAGCGUGCCAACGCUCUAUACCACGCUUUCAAGGAAAUGGAAGGUGUCGAGUGCCAGGAACCACAGGGUAGCAUGUACCUCUACCCGACCAUCAAGUUGCCACAGAAGGCGAUCGAGGCGGCCAAGGAGGCGGGCAAGAGUGCCGAUGAGUUUUACUGUUUGAGACUGCUGGAUGCCACGGGUGUGUGUAUCGUUCCGGGUGCUGGGUUCGGACAGAAGGAGGGCACUUUGCAUUUCAGGACGACAUUCCUGGCGCCGGGCACGGAUUGGGUGAAGAGGAUUACGAAGUUCCACGCGGAGUUCUUGGAGAAGUACAGAUGA